ACCUCAGGGUCCCAUUUGAUUGGAAGGCGGCAAAGGCUUUAAUCUCGGACUAAUUCAGAUGCUUUUGAAGUGAGCAUUUCUACCAGUUCGUACUUUGGGAGUAUAGAGAGCGGACCUGCUGGGAGAUACAGAACGCGCUAUGCCUAUGAUGCAAGACGCAGCCUCGGAUCCGCGAUAACAUCGCAAUCACUCUCCUGUAUCUUCUUCCUGUUUACCAGCCGCACCUUCUUAUUUUCCUCUCACUAUAAGGAUUACUACACGCAAUACCAACACUUUUUUCCCUCCUGAUUUUCGAGAGGUUGUAAUUGCUUUUCGCCUUUCUUGAUGAAUCUGAUAAAUGCAUUACCGACUAAUUUGGUGAGAAUUAGGACAUGAUCACAUCGCCCUCGGUGUCUGCUCUGAGCAAUAGUAAUACUCAUCUAGUCUGGGAGAGCAUCAACUCUCGGAAUAACAUCAACAAGCCUUUUCUUCAUUCCGUUCCCCCGUCGGACCAUCUACGGCAAGCUAAGCGAGUCCCCAUCAAGGUUUUGAGAAUGCUUACGGCACGAUCAGGACACAUUUUGCACCCAGAGUAUCUUCAACCGUUACCAUCUACCCCGAUUAGCCCUAUUGAGCUAGAUGCCAAGAAGAGUCCAUUGGCACUGCUGGCGCAGACAUGCUCUCAAAUCGGUAAACCAGACCCCCCUCCCUCUUCCAAACUCUCCUCGAUUACAUCUAAUGGAUCUAGUGACAAGGAAUCCAAAUCUGGUCCAUUAAAAAUGAGCGACAUCGGUGUGGAUGACAAAUCUAGCUUCAAACCCUAUUCGAAACCGUCCGAUAAGAAGGACUCGUCCUCGGGCGUUUCGAGUGGAGAGAAGACUGGUUUCCGAGUACCGAGCGCCACCUGUCCGCCGUUCACGCCACGGACAGGCAGCCCCAACUCCAGCACUUCUGCCUCUCCCAUGCCGUCCGAGGGGAAGUGUGGAGGAGACAGGGAGGACAAGAAAGAUUCAGAUUGUAAUAAAAAUGGCUCAACGGACGGAUCUGGAACCACUAACAGCCACAGCAGGAUAAGCGUGAGUUGCGGUGGAAUUAACGUGGAGGUGAACCAGCACCAGGAGACGCCCGGGUCCAAAGCCCUGUCUUCGGAAUCGUCCUCCAUAACCUCCGCUUCCUCAGCUUCCGGACUGGGGUCAGGACUUGUAGCCCCGGUCUCUCCUUACAAACCUGGUCAGACAGUUUUUCCCCUGCCGCCUGCUGGCAUGCACUACCCCGGGAGUUUAGGGGCCUACGCAGGUUAUCCCCAACACUAUCUCCCCCACGGCGGCAGCCUGGUUAACGCACAGCUGGCCAGCAUGGGCUGCAGUAAAGCCGGAUCCAGCCCACUGGCUGGGGCCUCUCCACCCUCCAUCAUGUCAGCCAGCCUGUGUAGAGACCCUUACUGCUUAAGUUACCAUUGUGCCAGCCACUUAGCGGGCGCUGCCAGUGCCUCACAGCAGUGCCACGACAACGCGAUGAAAUCCGGGUACCACCACAUGUACCCGACACACCUUUUGCACGGCAUGCACUCCUCUCCGCAGUCGUUCAGUGGACACCCUUUGUACCCCUAUGGUUUCAUGCUCCCCAACGACCCACUUCCUCACGUCUGUAACUGGGUGUCUGCGAACGGACCCUGCGACAAGCGUUUCUCCUCUUCCGAGGAACUGCUGAUACACCUGCGGACGCACACCGCCUUCACCGGGGCGGAAAAGUUGAUAUCGGGUUACCCUAGUUCCUCAUCUCUAGCGAGUGCUGCGGCAGCCGCUAUGGCGUGCCACAUGCACAUGCCGCAGUCAGGAGGCCCUGGGAGCCCCGGGACACUGACCCUGAGGAGUCCGCAUCACGCGUUGGGACUAAGCAGCCGUUACCAUCCGUACUCCAAGAGCCCCCUGCCUACCGGAGCCCCUGUUCCCGUCCCCGCAGCUUCCGGGCCAUACUACUCCCCAUAUGCACUGUACGGCCAGAGACUCACCACAGCAUCGGCGCUGGGAUACCAGUGAAACAGGCUUGACUUUUGAAAAGUUUAUAAUUAUAAAAUGCAAAUAUAAAGACUUUUAUAUCAACGCUCCACCUAUGGACAGGAUCCGUGGACUGUAUUUAUUUAUGUCGACUGAAAGCGGACGAUAAUAGCUACAAAUUGAAGAUAUUUGAGAGACUCGAAGUGCAUUAUGUUUAAACUGAACUCUAUAGGUAAAAUGAAAACACACAUGGUAGAAUACUAAUAAAAUAGAGGUUUUCAUUUCGAUGUUCAUUUGAAAUUGAUAUGAUUGUAUUGUUCUUAUUUAAUGUUUCAUUGAAAAGAAAAUGAUUGACAUGCAUGUUUGUUUCUUAAAAUCCCAAAUUGUCCACAUUUAAAAUUGCCGUUAUUUUUCAGGUGUAUACCAGGGAAAGAGAAUUGGUAUUUUUUUGUAUGUAUUCUGGAAAAAUAAGAAACGAUUCUGUUCCAUAUUUCCGUGUGCCUCCUUUUAUGAUAACAAGACCUACAUUUUUAACAUGCUAUUUCAUUAAACAGUUUCUGGUUCAUGAUUUUAAAUUGACAUUACAAGAUGUGCUGAUCUGGGAAGUUAAUCUUAUCAACUGGUUGCCUAUACAAACAAAUGGAACGUUAUUUCCAGAGUAGGCUAUGUGUUUUUUAAUGUUCACUUUAAAGUGCACUUUAUUUCUACUCUCUAUAGAGUUCCAUGUGAUUUUUUUUUUGCGUUAUACAUUGUUUUAAACUAAAUCAUUUGACUUGAAAGUUGAAACACUAGGCUAUUAACUAAACACACAACUUUGAAAUCGAAUGCAACUAAGAUUGGACAUUAUUUCAACAAUAGUGUAUAGCUAGCUGAACGUCAUGAUUGAGUGUGUGAGCGCGCUGUGUGCAAGUGUGUCUGCAUGUUCUGAAACGGGAUACAUCCAUCAAAACAUGUUAAUAAUUGUUGAUUGACGAUGAGUUUUGACAUUAUUGCUGUAGUGAUUGGAUUUAGGUCAUUUCAAAAUAAGUAUUGUUGGCUAAAUAUAGUUUUCAAUAUUUGAUGUA